AUGGCAAGAACAGCAGCACCAAAAUCUUAAGAAAAGGAUCAAGUAAUGGUUAUAAAAGGAAAAGUUAAACAUACAAAAUUGGUGGUAGUGCAGAGUUGCAGGCACGGACGAAUAAACGCUACUUUCUCCUCUGUAACAAGUCGUAAAAUAAUAGUUAGUGAAACAAAGGAAAUAUAAAAUAGAGAGAAAUCCACACUUAUUAGAAGAUCCAUUUUGUAAAGGAAAAUUAAGCUUGCAUUGAGUCAUGAGGUGAUGUUGAAUAAGUUUUUCUAAAAGAUUAUGAUUUUCUGA